AUGGCCACGCUGAGUGUAAAGCCAGGACAGCGGUUCACUUUGCUAGACUGGCACACCAACUCCCAUCUCAUCUCAGCUGAUGCUGAACGCCAGCGUUCUGCUUCCCACCAAGUCCGGCAGGAAGCCCGAGCUCUCCGCAAUGAAAUCAACAACCAGGCUAAAUGGGAUGAGCAUGACAACCAAACCCGCCUGGCUGAACGUAUCAGCAGCGUGAACAGAUGGAAAGAGACCCUGGACAAAAGCCUUGCAGAUAUAGAUGCAGAAAUCGAUGCCUUAGCCAAAGUGAAGGAAGCAGCAGAACGUGCCCUCCAGGCAAAGAACUUGCCUUUGGAUGUUUCCAUUGAGUGCCUGACACUCCGUGAGAGCCGUCGUGCCAUCGAUGUGGUGAGGGACCCUGUGGAGGAGGAGCUGCAAAAGGAGGUGAAGGUGAUAGACAAAGCCAAGAGAGAACUGCAGCAGAGAGUGAAUGAAGCCUUCCAACAGCUCUGCCUCUUACAGGAAGCUCGCCAGCAGCUGAGUUCUGACCACCGGCGCAAGAUGGAAGCACUGGAAAUAGAUCGCAUGUGCUUAUCGCUUAGUGUAAACUCCCCCAACAUCUCCUUCAAGGUCAACCCAACACGGGUCCCGGAUGGAUCAACUGCACUUGAUGAGUGGGAACAGAAUAGCCGAUGCAACAAGGAGCGUGCUGAGGCAGAAAUGAAAGCCUCAACUGAGCUCCGGGAAGCCACAGUGCUUGCCAUUGCGCAGACAAACAACGAGCUGGAGGCUCAGCGUGUAGCUACGGAGUUUGCCUUGCGCAAGAGGAUUAGAGACCUGGAAAGCGCCUGUGAUGAACUGAAAUGGCAGGAGCAGAAUACCUUGGAGGAAAUUGCUGAGAUGGAGGAGGACAUCCGACAUUUGGAGGAAGAUCUUCGGAGGAAAAUGCAAGAUCUGAAAGUGGCACACACCCGCCUGGAGACCCGCACGUGUCGGCCCACUAUGGAGCUCUGUUGGGAUCAGGCACAGAACGGGCUGACAGCCGCAGUCCACCAGCUGGAGGGAACGAUCCGUGCACUCAGGCAGAAGCUAGCAGAGGCAUGGGAUGCCUUGGACGCUCUUUACAGACAACUUCACCGCAUUCAGACAGAUAGCGGCUACAAAGCCAGUUCCCUGGUGCUGGACAACAAGUGCAUGGACAGCCGGAGAAAGCUCGUGGUCCCUGCUGAGAAAUUAGUGCCAGAGGUCAACAUAUUUAACCGGACUGCAAACCACGCGCUCUCCCCGCUGAACACCGGGCAGCUGGACUUGGCUUAGCGCGCCGGGGAGUGUUGUGCAACCAGCCAGGCUGAAGAGAAAGCUACCAGUGACUCAGAUCUGUAGCAAGGAAAGCGGACAUCUGUGUCCUGUUAGGCUAAUGUAAUUCUCCUCCCUCCUCCUCCUUUGUUAUGUAACUGUCUGUCCCCUCGUAUGAUGUUUAUAGCCUCUUUGCACUCCACAGAGCGUUAUAAACAAUAAAGAGUCUGUCCCCAAGAGCAGUUGUCAUCUGACAACGUUGGAAGUGUUUUCCUGGUGAUUGAAGCCAUCUGGGUUCUUUUAGCGUUUUUUAAGUCUUUUUAAAGCGUGAGGCAGCGCUCUGAAAAGGGACUGUGUAACGGUGGCAGCGGGCCAGGUCUGCUCGGUGAGGGUACCGACUCCGAUCCCCUCGCCUUAACGAUUCCGGUUUGGCUUGGGAUUUCCCCUGGCCUGCUAGCCCUGCGGAGCUAACGCCGCUACAAAAGCAAGGGCUGGAGUCCGUUCUCUGGCUCUUGGAGCCCUGGAUUUAUUCAAAUCGAAUUGCAGUGCUUGCAUUCUGCCGGUUUUAUUGUUUCUAUUCCAGGCACGCUCCCAACGCCCUGUGCGCUCUUCCCGGGGAAGAUUGUGGCCGUGCCAACCUGCCCUGUGCCGCCAGGACCUGCUCUUCAUCCCUCAGGUGGGAGGUGAUGCUCAGUAACUGCGCGCGGUGUAAAGCAGCCUGGAUGUGCCUCUAGGCUCUCGGAUUAAAUUUCGAUAAUGAGGAAUGUUAAUUGGGAAAUAAGGCGGCUGGCUCCUAAUUGCAUC